CCCUCUCUCUUUUGACCUCUCCCAUUUUCUCCUUUGACUUUACUGGCCGAGUAUUCGCUGUUUUCUUUCCUUCCUCUUCGUGACUUUUAUCUUCCCUCUUCACCAUUUUCUCUCCGUGUUUGCUUCCGGAAAUUUGUUUCUCGUUUCCUUACUGGUGGUCGUCGUCCCAGCGCCCUGAGUGCAUUUACAGGGUAUUUCUCAAUUUAGCUUCUUACAUUUUUAGCAACCGAGCAGAACAUUACUGACCAGAGCUUACACUAGCUUUGUCACUAGUUCCCGUCGACGGCGUUGACAUUGACGUUGCUGCUAGUCCACUUUCGCACUGCCAGGUGAAUUUGCUUCGGAUCCAAAGAUUCGUGGAUUGCGCAAAAUUCCUAGCUUUUUUGUCGGAAAACUGGCUUCGAGAAUGGUCACUCCACAAUCAGUAAUAUUGAAUCAGAAACAUAUGGUUGCAGAGACAGAUAGACGAAUGGGCUCUCGAGAAGAAAUGCAGAAGGCUAAACGUUCAAUUGCUCAAGUAAGAAGCCAAGAGCAUGAGCUUCUUGUUUGCUGCUAUUUAUUUACUGGGUAUUUUUUAGGGCUGGUGCAGAUUGGCAGUUUUGGGCUUCAAUUCCUGUGGUGUAUUCUGCAUUUUAUUGUCAGCAUAUGGUACUUUCUGUUGGAGGUAAAUCAUGUGGUCGAAAGCACCCUUAUUUCUAGUGGACUACUGAAGAACUACAAAACCCUUGAUUUAGGCAAGCUCCGGUACCUUGCCAUCGUGGUAGGAAGUGAAGAAGCUUUCCAAACUGCUAAGGUCACUAAACUUUUACAGUGGCUGGAAGCAAUUGGCAUGAAGCAUGUGUGCCUUUAUGAUAUGGAAGGAGUAUUGAAGAAAUCAAAAGAAGCCAUCUUGGAGAAAAUAAACAAUACAACUGUAUUUCAGGAAGCUGAUGAAAAUGAUAAGCUACUUGACCAAAAACAUAUGACUCUAGAAUUUGCUUCAUACUCUGAUGGAAAGGAAGCAGUGGCUAAAGCAGCUAACUUACUUUUUGCCAAGUAUUUACAAUCAGCUAAUUCUGAUGGAGAUCCAGACGAAAGAAUAUUUAAUGAACCUCACAUGACUGAGGCGCUAAGAGCUGUUGGUUGUGGAGGACCAGAACCUGACCUCCUCUUGGUAUAUGGACCUGCCAGAUGCCACCUAGGUUUUCCUGCAUGGAGGAUUCGAUAUACCGAGAUUGUACACAUGGGAUCAUUGAAGUCCAUGAGAUAUGGUUCCCUAAUGAAGGCCAUUUACAAGUUUACCAUGGUGCGCCAGAACUAUGGUAAGUGAGAAACUGUAGUUGGAGGUCAUCAUCUUGAAUAUGCGGUGCCAGAUUUAAAUGGGCCAUUCAAUACGGCAGGGAUUCUCAAGUUUGUCCGCGGUGUUUCAACUUUUGUCUUGUACAUGUUGGCUGAUUGCAGUGGCUUAUAAUCUGCGAAGUUAGAAAUAUGAAAUUCUCUCUUUUUAUGUCUCUGUAUUAUUGAUGUUGGGUCACGAACUGACGCCUAAAGAAAAAGUAAAAUUAGUCAAGAGAUUAUUUAUUGCUUCUGGGCAGUGUUUUCUGUAUCUUGUUUAUUUGACGAAAUUAUGGUGUAUUGAAAAUUCUCGACUGUGAAAACACUGCUUGACAUCA